UCCCACUCCCACCUCCAUGAACGGAAAGCCAAAAAAUUCAGCAUCAAAGACAACUAUAGUCGCUGUAUCAUGCACUUUGGCAGCUGCAGUUAUUUGUGCAGUCACUGGGUUUGUGUGGAUUUGGUGUAAAAAUCGUGAUAAAGAGGGAAGAAAACGAACAAGAAAGUUGUAUUUGAUAAAAGACAAACAUUUAAAAGAUGGGAUACAGGACCUUGAAAACAAUCGGUCGCCCAAUACCCAAACCAUCGAGACCCCCGUGGAAAGACUCCCGUUAGUGGGAGAUGGAGUAGGGGACAGACUGCCUCCAGACGGAAGCGAGCAGGAUAAUUUGGUGCUAGGUAUAAAGGAAAGAGGCCAAGAGAGAUUAGAGUCGGGUGAGGGGAUAGCUGAUGCUGACAUUUUCACACCUGACAAACACCUGAGUGUCGACGAACAGCGGGAUUGUGGAGAGAUAUCUGAAGAGACCGAGGAAGGAUCCGAAAACUUGGAAAAUCUUGAAGUGUUCGAUGAAAUACUCGGAGAAGGCGAAUUUGGAAUCGUCUACAAAGGUCGAUAUAGUGGGAAAGAUGGAAACAUAACGGAUGUAGCUGUGAAGAAGUUAAAAGACCCUAGUGCCAUUGCCAAAGAAACCCUGCUUAAUGAGAUAAGGACCUUAAAGCAAGCUGGGAAACAUCCCAAUAUUGUCACUUUGAUUGGGACAAGGAUAGAGAGAGGAAACGUUCUUGUGGUCACUGAAGUGAUUCAUGGUGGCAGUCUGGAAAAUCUUUUGAGGGCACCAGGGGAAAGGAACAAUUAUCAUAACGUCUGCUGUAAGCUGAAUGACCGGCAACUGGUCAUAAUUGCAUUUCAAAUCGCCACCGGAAUGCAACACUUAGAGGAGAGAAAGUUUGUCCAUCGCGACCUAGCAGCGAGGAAUAUUUUAGUUGAUGCCAACUUGGUGGCUAAAGUUGGAGACUUUGGAUUAGCCAGGGACAUAUCCGCUGCUGGUAUAUACACCAUAACCUCUAGC